UCGAUUGGCGACACCGGCCGGCUUCCACGCAUUUUCUCGCGGUCCUUACCUGUCGCGGUUUUUUACCUAUACUCGCAACUCGCAGCUCGCAAUACGCGUACUCACACAACAGUAAGUCCAAGUGUCCUCGAGUAACCUACGUAAAGAUAAAUAAGUGUAGUAUGAUUAAAAAGCCUCUCGUGAUACUGAUUUUAUCAGCCCCCUUCAGUGUAAAACAAGCGACGACGUAACUUUGGAGCGUUGUUAAUGAACACGAGCUUUGAUAAAUAGUAGUGGGUGGAAUUAAGGGUGGCUGACAGUGAGACGCAUUGUUAUGUCCUCAUCAUUCGUUAAUUGAAGAGUUUGAAUAUCAAGUGUUGGAGCGAACAGGUUAAAAUUUCCCAUAUUAAUUAACUAAAACUUGCACUAAAUGUAAUUUAGUAGUUAUCUAGUGAAUGAGUUUUUAAAAGUGGACAUAAAAAAAGUGAGUGAAGCAAUCGGGCCAGAUGUUGGAGUGAAUAACGAGUAUAUCAAUCAAGUGUCCGUACCGAGGGUUUGAGCAGUGAGAGUGGAUAGUGUAUGUUGAACGAUGGCUGUAAAACAGUGCUAUUACUUUAUCGUAAUACUUGGAUUGGCCGCUGUGGCUAUCUCACAGAAUCCAAUUGACGAACGGACUACAUUUGAAGCCGCAUUUCAAGGAAGAUGCGGUCACAAUUCACCCUGCGAGCAGCUGUGCUACGAACUUCACGAUGGAAUGUAUGAGUGUGAUUGCAGAGAUGGAUUUAUUCUUCACAAAAAUGGAUACAGUUGUGCUAAACUAAAUUCAACAUCACCCUCGACAGCUGAUUUAGCAGACUCAUUUGACGACAACAAUGACAGCGAUGAGGAAUCAGAAAUAACAAUCGACGGUAAAGAAAACAUUUACUACAUGCCUGGGUCAUUAUUUACAAUACGGCUGGACUCACUGCGAGAAAAAUUAAAUCUUACAGACAUAAAAAGCCCCCAGGAUUUGUCUAAUGAAAUUCCGAACGAUCCCAUCAGAUUUCCGACGUCAGAGAGCCCCAACUUGGAGCAGAAACUUCCGGUAACAACGGAAAGCGUCGUGACAACGGAGCCUGCUUGUUCGCUGGACUGCGGAGCUGCGGGAAAUUGUUACAUCGAGCAAUUUCGCAGCGACGAGGAAAACGGAGAUGUUACUCGUAUUGACGACACAAGACCAAGGCGGAGCUCUUACAAACAACGUUGUCAGUGUCCACUCGGUAGAACUGGCGAUCGAUGUCAAAAUGAGGCAGAAGUUAAGUCACCGAGAUUUACGGGGCACGGGUGGCUGGCAUUUCCAGCUUUAAAGGCUGCUUAUAAACACAUUCAGCUAGACCUAGAAUUCAGGCCAGAAGCUUGGGAUGGCAUUCUCAUACUUACUGGCGAACGUGAUGAUCUUCAAGGCGAUUUUAUGGCUCUUAUACUUCAUCAUGGUUUUAUUGAGUUUAGAUUUGAUUGCGGAAGCGGGGUCGGAAUUGUAAGGAGCGCCGAAACAGUAAAGUUGAAUGAAUGGAAUACCCUGAAUGUGUACAGACACCGUUGGGACGCUUGGAUUCAGCUGAAUGGGGGCAAACGUGUCCAAGGAAGAUCCAAGGGCUUAUUCUCGAGGAUAACAUUCCAAGAGCCGUUGUUUGUUGGUGGCCCCGGUAACACGACCGGUCUGGACCGACUUCCGGUCAGAACAGGAUUCAAAGGAUGCAUAAGGCAUCUAGAGGCCAAUGAACACCGUUAUCGUUUUCCGCUGGCGCCUCAGGGAGACGCUGCUAAUGGCUUUGAUGUUGAGGAAUGCACAGCUGACAGGUGUAGUAAGGUGCCGUGUUCCCACGGGGGUAAAUGUCUCACCACUGGUGGAGACACCGCAGUUUGUCUCUGUCCUCUUGGUUACACUGGUGAUCUCUGCGAAACCCGUGUCGAUUUACAGGUACCUUCAUUCAAUGGAUCAUCAUACCUGCGUUACCCGGGUCUAGGAGAUAGUUCGCUGUCAUGGCUAGAAUUGUCAGUAACACUGAAACCCAUGACACAGGACGGUGUAAUUCUGUACAAUGGGCAUCACAGCGAUGCCACGGGGGAUUUCAUCGCUCUCUACCUUUCAUCUGGUCACGUGCAAUUCACCUUUGACCUGGGAACUGGUCCAGCGACGUUGAGAAGUGAAUCACCGGUACAACUCGGUGAGUGGUUGGAGAUUCGUGUCUCAAGAACAGGAAGACUAGCAUCUCUAGAGGUUGAGAAUGAACCAGCGCAAGAGAUCUUGGCCCCUGGGGCUUUUACUCAACUCUCGCUGCCAUUAAAUCUCUACCUGGGUGGAGCACCGUCUCCUGAAAUGUUCACACCUAAAAUGAAAACUGCAGCCAGUUUUGUUGGAUGCAUUCAGACUGUUGUCCUGAAUCAUCGCGAGGUCGGUAUCCUCGCAGAGGCACUCGGGGGAGUAAACGUGGGUAAUUGCGGUCACGCUUGUGAAGCCCGUCCGUGUGGUGAUGCCGAGUGCCGGCCUCUGAGAGAGAGGUUCACGUGCAGAUGUCAUCCGGGUACGCCACAUCCAUGCCCAGCGCCAGAAGAAUUUAUUUCAUCACCCCCCGAGCCCUCAUUCCCAUCCCUGCCCAGCACCAGUGUUUCCAUGUUGCUCACUAAAUUCGAAAGAAGCGUUCCCAGCUUCACUGGAACCGACAGCUAUCUUCAUUACAGCGAUGCUGAUACCAUGAAGAGGAUAAUAAGUUACCGAGUGGACAUAAACAUGAGAUUCAGAACAAGUAGCAGUAAUGGGUUGCUACUUUGGAGUGGAAGGCAAUCAGAUCCUCAAGAACAGCGUGACGAAAACGAGGACUUUCUUGCGCUUGGCUUGAACCAGGGUUACCUUACAUUGGCGUAUAAUCUUGGCUCUGGAGAGGCUGUACUUAGAUACAAUCUCACUAGAUUGGAUGACGAUCUGUGGCACCGCAUUAGGGCCGUAAGAAAUGAACAAUGGGCGUCAUUAGUCGUAGAUAGUGGAACAGGUGUAUCGGCAUCAUCACCAGGACAAUUGAGAGAAUUAAAUACUGAUACCGGUCUCUACAUAGGUGGAGCGCCCGACGUAGUGAGAACAACGGACGGCCGAUAUACAAGAGGGAUCGUAGGAUGUAUCAGUGAUCUAGUGUUAGACUCGGAUUUCUCGGUGGUGCUCUCAUCGCCCGAACAGGCCACCAACACGCACUCGUGCAUCCCCUGAGCCUACCGCAGGACUCCGGAUGUCCAAGUCCGAGCUUACGGAGCGUGAAACCGCGACAGGAAAAUUCAUGGACUUGGAACUUAUCGUGUACAAGUCCCUCAGGCCACUCCAUACACCGUCAGGACUCUCCGUCUCCGUCUCGUCCACUAAUUUAUCUGUUCCUCCUUUUUUAAUCACAACUUUACCUCACCGCGUAAUGGUAAACUCAUGUACUUUCUUAAGUUUUUAAUUAUUAGUUAAAAUUAUUAUUAUUUUUUUUUAAGUAUUAUUUUUAUUUAAAUUAAUACAAAUAAACAAAAGUAAAUUUAAUUAAUUAUAUUUAAGUAACUGUAAGGAUGUAUAUCAGUAAUUAAGGCGACAAAUAUCUUACAAUUGUACAUAUUAAUUAUAAAUUAUAAAUUAUUGUAAAGCUUUUUAAGCACCUACUUCAUUAUCACCAUGUAAAGUUACAGGCAGUCUAGACGGGUUAUUUUUUUUUCUUUAAAAAUUCCAAGGUGGUUGCAAGGGAAAAGUUUUAGUACGUCAUAUUUUAUUUCCAUCAAAUUUAUCUGAAUUUUGUCAAAAAAAAGAGUAAUUUUACUGCUUAUAUAAAAAAAAACUAAGCUUAUAACCCUAAAAAGUUAAUAACACACUUGUAUUAACGUUUGGCGAUAGUGGAACAGACUACGCGCAUGCGCAAGAGUUGUUCCGGAGUAGAACAGCUGUCGCGCAUGCGCAGACUAUCUAUAUAGAAACUCAAAAAUAAUUUAUACCUUUUCUUUAAUUAUUUUUGUCUAAAAAAUUUAAUCUUGUGACCACUCUGCAAUUAUUAACAAUUAAUUAUU